UUUUUUGAUUUCAUAACCAGGGGUCAAUUUUAUGGAAGAAGUAGAAGACGAUUUAGUGUAAAUACUGUGUAAAUCUACACAGAUUGACGAAAUUCUAAAACUUAAUAAAUUAUUUUACACUGGAAUCAUGGCUGCAUUAAUGAAACUUUGUAAUAUGCCGGUUCUCCAAAGAAGUGUGUGGAAUCACGUUAGAAGAACAAACCGAACCAUUUCAACCUCAAAGAAAAACAGCGAUUCUGCUACAACAACUUGUGAGACGGCAAAUGAAGACAAGAACUGGGUGAGCUACGGAUUCGAUUACACUAGCAAGGAGAAGGAUACUAACGCGCAUAAUGCGUCGUUUUUUUUUAGUGUCUCCUUAUGUUUAGUAAUUGGAGGUGCGUGUUGGGCUUAUUCCCCGGACAUACAAUUGAGAGAUUGGGCUCAGCGAGAGGCCUUUUUAGAACUACGUCGUCGUGAAAAAGCUGGGUUACCUCCUAUUGAUCCCAAUUUCAUUGAUCCAAAACAAGUGAAACUGCCUUCGGAUGAGGAGUUGUGUGAUGUUGAAAUUAUAAUUUAAAAUAUUAGUUUCGGAAGGCAGUAUGUAUAUACCAUCAUUGUAGAUUUAUACAGGUUGAACAUUAAUAAUGAAAACCAAGGUGUAAAGUUUUCAUGAUGCAAAUGGGAAAUUACCAGGAUUCCUCAUUGUGAAUGUUAUGUCAAUAUAGCAAAUAAAUAAAUAUUAAUGUUUUAUUUGAACAA